GAUAGUGCUUUCAAAAGAAGUGGAGCCAAGUGCAGUAAUUUCUGAAAAAGGUGUCGUUUGAGCCAUUGUGGUUUUGACUGCAGAUGUUGAGCCAGGCGUAGCUGCUGUUGUUCCAGCAGUUGUUUCAAGCCAGGAUGUUUCAAAGAUUCCUGUUGAACUUGCAGAGAAUGUUUUUUCUGCAGAAGUGGUGCCAAUGAUUGUGCUUUCUACAUAAGGGAUGACAAUUGUAGUAGUUUUUGCAGAGGUUGUGCUCGCGGUUGUACUUUCUACAGAAGUGGUGCCAAUGGUAGUAGUUUCUGCAGAAGUUGUGCCCAGGGUUGUGCUUUCUACAGAAGUGGUAGUAGUUUCUGCAGAAGUUGUGCCCAGGGUUGUACUUUCUACAGAAGAGGUGCCAAGGGUAGUAGUUUCUGCAGAAGUUGUGCCCAGGGUUGUGCUUUCUACAGAAGUGGUAGUAAUUUCUGCAGAAGUGAUGCCAAGGGUAGUAGGUUCUGCAGAAGUCGUGCCCAGGGUUGUGCUUUCUACAGAAGUGGUAGUAGUUUCUGCAGAAGUUGUGCUUUCUACAGAAGGGGUGACAAGGGUAGUAGUUUUUGUAGAGGUUAUGCUCACGCUUGCACUUUCGACAGAAGAGGUGCCAAAAGUGGAGCCAAGGGUAGUGGUUUCCACAGUAGUGGUUUCCAGGGUUGUGCUUUCUACAGAAGUCGUGGUAGUUUCUGCAGAAGUUAUGCCAAGGUUAGUAGUUUCUUCAGCAGUUGUGGCAAAGGUAUUAGUCUCUGUGGUCGUUUUAGCCAUUGCGGUUUCAACCACAAAUGUUAUGGCAGGUGUUGGCUCAGAGGAUGUUUUUUUUGCAGAAGUGGUGCCCAAGAUGGUACUUUCAACAGAAGUGGUUCCAAGUGUAGUAGUUUCUGCAGAAGUAGUAGUUUGA